AUGUCUAUUUCUGCUAAUCAAUGGAACUAUGGUAAUCUUGGACCAGAUGUUUGGAGUGAAUAUUAUCCAUUAUGUGAUGGUAAAUCACAAUCACCAAUAAAUAUUUUAACUGCAUGUACAGUCUAUAAAGACUUUAAACCAUUCACAUUUAUUUCAACAUAUGAUGAAAAACAUACUUUUACAUUAAAAAAUAAUGGACAUACAAUUAUUGGUAUAAGUAAUAAUGAAUAUAAACAAUCACCUAUACAAUUAACUGGUGGUGGUUUAAAUGGAACAUUUGAAUUUGUAAAUUUUCAUUUACAUUGGGGAGAAAAUUAUAAAUCAGGCAGUGAACAUCAAAUAAAUGGUGUUAAAUAUGCUGGUGAAAUACAUUUUGUUUAUAAAAAUCCUCUAACAUCUCAAAUGGCUGUACUUGCUAUAUUUAUGCACAGUUAUUUACAUAAGAAGAAAUUUGAUUUUGAUAAAAAUGGUAUUACACGUGAUGAAUGGCAAAGAUAUUUUAAUAUAGCACAAACAUUAAAAUCUGAAAAUGAUUCAAUUCUAUAUGAUUUAAAUAUAACAUCACUUAUGGGUGAAAAUUUACAAGAUUUUUGGAGAUAUGAUGGAUCAUUGACAACACCACCAUGUACAGAAGGUAUUAUUUGGACGGUUUUUAAACGACCGAUUGUUUUUAUGGAAGAACAAAUUAAAAAUUUGAGAGAUAAUAUUUAUUUUGAAGAUUAUCGUGGUCCUCAACCAUUAUAUAAUCGUACAGUUUAUCGUAAUUUUUUUAAUGAAAAAUUAUCAUCAAUACCGGAUUAUAAUCGAUGUUUAUUAGAUUUUCAAGAUGGAAAAACUAUGGAAAUUUUUUCAAUAUUUGGUAUAAUAAAGUGUUCGACACACUCAUUUUUCUUGUUUCUAUUGAUUGUUUAUUUUAUUUUAAUAUUUAUUUUAUUUGUUUUUUUUUAUAAAAUGCGUAUAUCAAUAGGUAGAAAAAAAAUUGAAUAA